AGGUAUCUGUCACAGAGUAGACCAGGACUUGUGACUAGCUUGUAUACUCUGUGAGGCCCCAGGCUAGUGCUGUGUGAGCAAGAGAGGCUGUACGACUUGUUUGUUGUUGGCCAGUGUUGGAGCACCCAGACAGACAAGUCAUCUGAGGGAUUACGCUGUGUGCACUAAGCUGGCCUCAUGGCAGUAAAGAGGGUUUCCCCAAGACUGACUUAAAGCCCAGCUAACUGACUGGUCAUGUGACACACCUUGAGAAUGUUUUGAAAAGUCUUUACUAUGUAGAUGGAGCACCAGCCCAGCACCCUGACAGGAAAUGAGAAGCACCCACACAGGAAGUGUAGCCAAGCACUUUCUCGGAUGUCGGUUAUGUGACGGCACCUCCGGAAGCAGAAACCAACCACAGAAGUCAUGCCUUUGUGACCUAAUUCCAAGAUGGAUGCCCUGUCCUGUAGCUGAGACAUAUCCCUCUGCUUAGGACUGCCUACAGAGAGGAUAUGGAGGAGGCUAGGGUGUACUCUUCUCUCCCAGACUGCCAGACAUGGUCCUCUACAGAACGCCUCCCACUGAGCAGUCCACUGGAGGAGACUGUUGAGUGGGGAGUGAUGGAGGAGCUGGUGAACAAGGCUGACCGGGAGGAAGUGGACAACUCUCAUCCAACUGGAAGGACCUCGGAGGGGCCCGAGGAGCACUGGGACCCCAUGACUGCACCGGUUUUUUCCAUGACCUGUUCCGGUGUCCCUUUGAACUUUGCCACAGUGCAGUGGGACGUGCCAGACCCUUCCCCUGAAACCCCUUCCCCCAUUACUGACAACAGCUCGGCUGAUGAGCUGGACUCCAGCGGAGCGGCCAGUCUGGACUGGACCCUGAGUCCCCUGUCCCACCAGCAGCAUCCAUCCUGUGUGACGGUGACAGAGCUGUCUGUCAAGGGAAAAAACCUGAAGCAGAACGAACCAGAGCAACCGUUGCAUUUGAAAACAGAUCAGUGUGAAAGCUCCCAUCAGACAUGUGAUCCACCAAACCCAGAAGUGAAGGAGCGUGGACCACACACAGACUGCAAGGAGGCUUCAGCAUCCUCUGAGGACCAUGGUGACUCUCUUUUAGUGACCCCUGGAUGGCCAGAACCAGAGAAAGAGAUGGGCCAGCCUGUGAUGGAAGAGAUUAUCCGACCCUCUGACAGAACUCCUAGCCCAGUACAGACAGACGGGUCAGAAAGCGGGCUGGAUAGUCUUGCCACUGGACUGGUAGAGGAAUGGGAACAGGCUGGCACAGCACAGAUCAACUCAGAGCAAAGAUGCUGCUCCACAGACUGUGAGGAGGAGGAGGAGGAAGAGGAGGUGGUGAGGGAGACUGUGACUAAUUUAGAUUAUGAUGGAGAUAAACUGCAGACAGAUCAGUCAGACAGUGAGAACAAGUCAGAGAUUAUAGGACAGUUAACACACCCAUCUGAAACAACAGAACUGAAACAACAGUCAGACCUCUCAGAGAAAUCCACAUUCAAUGGACAAUCAGAGCCUAACCAUACAGAUCUGAAGGAAUGCAACAGUACAGAGACAGUAGAGCAGCCACAAGAGUCUGAGAGACAUGCCGACCAGGUAGGGCAUUCACACCAGCCAGGGGAGGAAAACCAUCCAACUGACAUGGCUGUCAUGCAACAGGCGGAACAAUCAGACAAUAUAGAACAGUCAGAACAAUUAGAAGAAUCAGAGAGGACAGAACAGUCAACGCAGACAGAGUGUUUACAAUCAAAACAACUGCAGCGACAAGAAAUGCACAUAGAGCAGACAAAAUGUUUAAUGCACAUAGAGCAGACAGAGGGUUUAAUGCAUAUAGAGCAGACAGAAUGUUUAAUGCACAUUGAGCAGACAGAGGGUUUAAUGCAGGUGGAACAGACAAAAUGUUUAAUGCAGACGGAACAGACUGAGUGUUUAAUGCAGGUGGAACAGACAGAGUGUUUAAUGCAGGUGGAACAGACAGAGCCGUCACACCAGACUGAACACUUUAACGAUUCAGAGCAGUCAAAACAGUCAGAACAGGAUACAGAACAGUCAAAACAGUCAGAACAGGAUACAGAACAGUCGGAACAGUCAGUGCAGACAAAAAGCAAACCAGUACAUUCAAAGCAGUUGGAGGAACUACUUUUCCUCUGCACAGAGGAACUCAAGCAAACAGAACAGCCAAUAGACAAUAGACAAUAUCUAAAACAGUCUGAGACAAAUCAGGUGGCACAGCCUGCUCAUACCGAGCUGACAAAAGUGGAUAAACACACGCAAGAUUCCAAGCAGGUAGAACAACUGGAACCGAAGGACGAUCUAGGUCUGACGCACAGAGGAGGAACUCCAGAGCAACCGACGGCGCCGGUGCAGCGCUCGGAGACCCGGGACCCAGCGGGGGUCCAUAUGAACGGUGGGGUCCUGGACAGGGAGAGAGUCUGCAGGCUGGCUGAAAGACUCUACAGGCUGGAUGGGAUCAACAAGACCGAUGUGGUCAAACACCUGGACAAAGACAAUGACUUCAGCCAAGCCGUUGGGGAGGAGUACCUUAAGUUUUUUGACUUCACUGGUCAGAGUCUGGACCAAGGCUUGAGGUCUUUCCUGAGGGUGGUGGUGCUGAUCGGAGAGACCCAGGAGAGAGAGAGAGUCCUGCAGCAUUUCUCCUGUCGCUUCCAGCAGUGCAACCCUGAGACCUUCUCUUCUUCAGGAGAAGUACUGACACUCACCUGUGCUGUGAUGCUCCUGAACUCUGAUCUGCAUGGACAAAAUGUUGGUAAAGCCAUGUCUUUGUCCAGCUUUUUGUCCAACCUGGACGGGAUGAACGAAGGGGAGAACUUCAGCAAGGAGCUGUUGAAGGCUCUCUACAACUCCAUUAAGAACGAACCUCUGCAGUGGGCAGUCAAUGACAAGGAACUAAAAAGCUCCUUGUUGUUGCCGGAGGACGGUAAGGAUGACGCGCCCCUGCGAUCCAAGAGCAACCCAUUCCAAGAUGUACCUCACGACAAGAAGGCCACAGUGUUCAAACAGGGCUUCCUCCAACGCAAGGCCCAUGCUGACAUUGAUGGCAAACGCACUCCAUGGGGAAAAAGAAGCUGGAAAACCUUUUAUGCGGUCUUGAAAGGAAUGGUCCUCUACUUACAGAAGGAUGAGUAUAAGAUGGAGUGGCAGAGUAUAGAGGAGGUGGUCAGUGUACACCAUGCCUUGGCAGAGCGGGCAGCAGAAUACACCAAGAGACCACACGUGUUCCGCCUGCAGACUGCUGACUGGAGGGUCUUCCUCUUCCAGGCCUCGUCCAUGGCAGAGAUGAGCUCCUGGAUCAGCCGUAUUAAUUUAGUAUCAGCACUGCACUCUUCUCCCCCAUUCCCUGCUGCUGUGGGCUCUCAGAGGAAGUUCUGCCGACCCAUUCUGCCUGCCUCCCAGUCUGAACAUACCCUGGAGCAACAGCUGCAGUCCCAUAUCAGCAUGAGGGAGUCCUUCCAGGAGGACCUGGCUUACCUGCAGCAGAGUCUCCGUGAGGGUCGCAAGGCCAAGUCCAAAGAGCUGGAAGAACAUAGAGUCAAGGAUGAGUACCUGCAGCAUGAGAAAUGCCGCUACGAGACCUACAUUCAGAUGUUGGAAGCCUGGAAGGAUUUAAGCCAGUCAGCCGACACGGAGGUGGACACCAGCAAGCUCAACCUAUUCGACGAAGCUGUGUGUACAGGCACUGUGGAACAGGAGGAGGAGGAGGGAGCCCUGAAGAAGUCCCACUCCAGCCCCUCCCUGGUUUUGGAGGUAGCCUCCCCUCCAGUGGUCAAAGUGAAACGCAACGUCUCGGAGAGAAGGACGUAUCGCAAGAUUGUCAUAGUGCGACGCAACCAGGAUAUAUGAAGACAGGCGUUACUCGCUUUUUAGUGAAAAAUACAGAAUGUUACUUCUAUGCACCAAACAGAAAUAUAAACGCAACACAGUUUCAAAGACUUUUACAGAGUUACAUUUCAAAUAAGGACAUCAGUUAAUUUAAAUCAAUUAAUUUGGACUUUGAAUUUCACCAGACUGGAAUGCAUACGUGCUUCUGUUAUUUACCUGGAACACCAAGAAUUAGGUCUGGGGGUCAGAAGACAAGAGUAGGCUUCUGUUACAUGAUUUCUGAUAGUGCAGGAUGUACUAAUGUGAAGGAGAAAUGCUGACUUGCAUGGAUGCAUACAAAUGUGUGCAAAAGAUAUUAGUGAAAUUAGCUUCUUUCACAUGUGGAACAUCUUGGCGAUCUUGGGUCCAACAUUUUAAAUGUUGCGUUUAUAUUUUUCUUCAUUAUAGUUUUCCUUUUCAGCUUUCAAUUAUUCAGUGAGAAGGCAAAAUGUAUGGAAACAAUAUGCAUCCAUCUCAGGUAAUUUGGUUGAUUAUUUUUUUACAUCGGUUCAUAUAAUGCAAGUUAUUUAGUAAAAAAUUGUGCACUUUCUACAAAAAUAAAUACUGAGACAGGUCAAGAAAAAU